CUUAUAAGCUGCGCCGCGCGUGGACGGCCGCGGGCUCAACUCCAGGCGUUCUGGGCCGCGACUCUCCUCGGCGACGUCCUCCCCCGGCGAGCCCGCGGGCGGGCGCCCCUUGGCCAGGAGAGCCUGUCAGGUGUGGCUGAUGCCCAGACUGGACGACCACCUCUGGAGCUGUCCCUGUGUUAAGGGCACGAACCACAGAGGCCACCCCAGGGCCAGUGCCAGAGGGCAGGAGGCCAAGGUGGGGGAGAUGAUCAGCUCCUCUGUGUCAGGCCCCUCUCUGCUGGUGGCCCACGGUGCCCAGGGCCCUGACCCCUCUCAUGCGCCUCAGAGCACUGGCAUGGGGAGCCAUGGUGGCAGCGGCCACACCAACAGCUGGCACCACCACCUGCUGCAGAGGAGCCUGGUGCUGUUCUCGGUGGGGGUCGUGCUGGCCCUGGUGCUGAACCUGCUGCAGGUCCAGAGGAAUGUCACCCUGUUCCCCGAGGAGGUUAUCGCCACCAUCUUCUCCUCAGCCUGGUGGGUCCCUCCCUGCUGUGGGACGGCCGCUGCUGUCGUGGGCUUGCUCUACCCCUGCAUCGACAGCCACCUUGGAGAACCGCACAAGUUUAAGAGGGAGUGGGCCAGUGUGAUGCGCUGUGUAGCGGUUUUCGUUGGCAUCAACCACGCCAGUGCUAAAUUGGACUUUGCCAAUAACGUUCAGCUCUCCUUGACGCUGGCAGCCCUGUCCUUGGGCCUGUGGUGGACAUUUGACCGCUCAAGGAGCGGCCUCGGGCUCGGGCUCACCAUCGCCGUCCUCGCCACGCUGAUCACGCAGCUGCUGGUGUACAACGGGGUCUAUCAGUACACGUCCCCGGACUUCCUCUACAUCCGCUCCUGGCUCCCGUGUAUUUUCUUCUCGGGAGGCGUGACAGUGGGAAACAUAGGACGACAGCUGGCCAUGGGUGGUUCUGAAAAGCCACACAGCGACUGAGUCUUCAGACCCGCCGAUCCUGCCGCAAGGCCGGGGCGGGGAGGCUGUGCUUCGGGACUGUGCCCACGGCGGCCUGUCUGCCUCCUCAUCUCCUUAGAUCGGGCUGACUGCAAGGGACUCCUGGACAAAACGUGGCCUGCUCAGAGUAGCCAGGCGGAAAGAAGGACCACCGCGUGGGGCCGCGGCCCCGCUGCCACCGCCACCGCCGCCGGGGCGCCUGCUCUGGAGCCACCGUGCGCAGAGCACAGGGUCCCGAGGAUUUGGUUUCCUUUGUUAUUAAAAGCAAGUCGCCAUAUUUCAAAGCCUUGACCUCCAGCCUCACUACCAGCUCGGGGCCGUCUCGGCGCCCAGGGGGUAGCACGACGGUGCUUUUACAAGGAGGAGGUGUGGUCCGAUAGGAAGCUGACUCAUCCACGAGACUGUGGGACAGGGUUGUGUCAAAAAGAGAGGGCGGCGGCGGCGGCCAGCACAGCGCGGUCACCCAUCUGUAGCGCAGCGCACGACCUGGCUCUUCAUUCCCGCGAGGUGACAAUCUUCCUGAGAGCAGAGGCCACGCGCGGUCAUCGUUCUGCACUGUGAUUUGUUGGGGUUUUCCCUCCGUGUUUGUGAAGUUUAUCCAGAAUCCCGAAUCGUCCGGGAGGGAGCACCUGUCCGCCGCAUGUCUGUCCUCACCAAACUCGGGUGUUUCUUUGCAACUCAGAACAGGAAGGACGGCUUUUUUCCACAGCCCCAUGGGGUUUGCAAUCUGUGAUUGCCUUGUAAAAAGAAGAGUGCGUGUGUCACUGCAUUAAACAUCGGGUGUUUCUAAAUCCUCCAAGCCGUGGUGAGCACAAUGUAUUCAGUGACUGGCACAGACCACGUGAGACCCGGGUUGCAAGUCCUGGGUCUUCAACUUCAAGUGCAAUGUCUAUGAAAACCAAUCUGAGCCUUGUAUUCUCUUAAAUAUUUAUUUUCUUUUUUUAACAUAUGAGGUGUUCCAGAGGGUUCUCCAUUUCAGUGCUGCAUGGAGGCGAAAUUCAGCAAUAAUUUCUUUCGGUUGUGAAGUUGCUUUGUUGUGCCCUCCACUGAGCCCUGGGCCUUUGAAAUACUCCAGUUUUGUGGGUUUAGGACACUCGUCAUUUUUACUUACAAAUUUACCUUUUUGUAUUUUGCAGUUUAAAUGUUUUGGUUGUUUUCAGUUCUGUGUAAGUGGCUUGAUGAGAAGACUCCUCUAGAGCAGCAGCCGGUGGUCAGCGGGACGGGACACGGGGGCUCUGGCGGCAGCUGGCCACUUGAGGGAUGGGCCUUGUUGCGGUUUGGUUUGGUUUUGAGGAAGAUAUCCUGGGGUCAAUUACAGGUUACCGUAGCGAAUUUGUUUUAGGGGAACUGGGUUUAAAAGAAAAUGGGAUCACUCUGCACUUUGCAGAGACCCCUUCUCCAUUUUCUGCAAACGAAAAUGAUGAGCUCCGUGAAACGCCUUUUCAAUGACAAUGUCAGCAUUUUAUGAAAAACCAGAAGUUGUCAGGCGAAAGCAGUCAUUGGUCCUUUCAAAUGUACUUGAUCGCACACAAACAAGAAGUAUUUUCUUCUCUUAAACUGGAAAUCUGUAUCUUUAGAAAUAAUGUAGCCAAAAGACGUGAACUGAAGAAUUCUGUUGCCAAGACUUUAUAGCAAGUAUGUGAACCAAAGUGAUCUGAGCUUGUAAAAAUGUAAAAGAGGAUGAACGCGGCAAAAUUUGCACUAUCAGAUUUGAACAUCCAGUGAGAUUCACACUCAUACUAAGUUUUCAGCAUUGUGUUCUUUUGCAUUCUUUUUUUACUUUUAUUAAAGGUUCAAAACCAC